AUGGAGUACUUUUAAUUUGCAUUCUUAUGCUCUCAGUAAAUCAUGAAAUUACUUGUUAGAGGGUUUUAAUCAAUUGGGUACCUUCCAUGAAAAUAUGUCCAGUAUGCGGCUUAGAAUUUCGUAGGCUAAUUUUAGCAUCAGCCCAUAGCUAAUGUGGGGUUGCAACUGUAAAAUUAGAAUGCCUCAUAUUAUGUGCUCAUCCUUCAAAAGUACGAAAAAAGAGAUGGAGGAAAGCAAGUCUCUGUUGCCAUAUGCAAAUGCAACCUUAUCAGUGCCUAAAGCUAAGAAGCACUUUAUGAUAGUUCAUACAACAGGCUGUGGAGCGUGAUCCUGGUACAAGAUUGUAGCUGUUAAAAUUGGUCUUGGGCCUAACUCACACCCCAAAAGCUAGCUCAAGAGGGGAGGAUUACUCAGGUCCAUAUAAGCAAACCACUAGUCCAUUCCCCAACCAAUGUGGGACUUUUACCCACUCUAACACCCCCUCACGCCCAGGCCUAACUGUUACUGGCGCGUGGACCAUGAGCCUAAAAUGGGGAUGGACCUGGCUCUGAUACCAUGUUAAAAUUGGUCUUGGGCCUAACUCACACUCCAAAAGUUAGUUCAAGAGGGGAGAAUUACCCAAGUCCAUAUAAGCAAACCACUAGUCCAAUGGGUAAAAGUCACACAUUGGUUGGGGAAUGGACUAGUGGUUUGCUUGUAUGAACUUGGGUAAUCCUCCCCUCUUGAGCUAGCUUUUGAGGUUGAGUUAGGCCCAAGGUUCAUUCUUGACAUGGUAUCAGAGCCAGACCCAUCUCACCCAAUGUUGGGCCUCCGGAUUGAGAUUCGGGAGAGAUUUUCCACGCCAAGUUAAGGUAUGGGCGUGAGGGGAUGUUAGAAGAAAGAAAAGAAAGUCCACAUUGGUGGUUAAUGAGAUGGGUGGUCUCCUUAUAAGGCUUGUGCAAUGCUCCUCCUCAUGAGCUAGCUUUUGAGGUUGAGUUAGGCCCAAGGUCCAUUCUUGACAGUAGCAUUUAUGAGAUCUUCAGGGCAUAAUGUAACAGCUCUUGACUUGGGUACUUCCGCAAUCAACCCAAGCAGGCCAUAGCUUUGAUGGACUCCCCAUUUCUAAAGCCAUGGAAACCUUCCCAGAAAACAUUUCAGCUGCUGUAUUUCUCUGUGGUCUAAUGCCUGGUCCAAAUAUCAAUGCAACCACCAUCUAUACUAAGGAGGAUGAAGUUUGGCAAACCAAGAAGGCUCUAUCACCAUCCUAGUUAUCCCAAUUCCCGAUGACUAUCAAUAGAGAGGCCAGGGUCCCCAAGCUUGCUCCAGCCCCUACUACAUUGCGUGCCCACUUCCUCAAAUAAUAGCCAAUAUGGGGUUGCUUGUGCGUGGAAGUAAGCAGAAACCAAAAUUCUCUAAUUAUAAAACUGACUCGUAUUAUGUGCUCAUCCUUUAAAAGAAGGUAUUAGGAUAUGGAGAAAAGCAAGUUGCUAACAAGUCUAGUAGUUCUAAUACUUCUAUUGCCUUAUGUAAAUGCAACCUUGUCAGGCCCUAAAGCUAAGGAGCAAUUUGUGCUAGUUCAUAGGGCAUGCCAUGGAGCUUGGUCUUGGUAUAAGAUUGUGGCGUUGAUGCAAUCUUCAGGGCAUAAUGUCACAGCUAUUGACUUGGGUGCUUCAGGAAACAAUCCCAAGCAGGUCCUCGAAGUGCGACAUUUGUCCGAUUACUUUAGUCCGCUAAUGAAGUUCAUGGCUUCUCUUCCUGCACAUGAAAAAGUAGUUCUUGUAGGCCAUGAAAUUGGUGGCUUUGGCAUUUCUAAAGCCAUAGAAACCUUUCCAGAAAAGAUUUUAGUUGCUGUAUUUGUCACAGCUCUAAUGCCUGGUCCAACUCUCAAUGCAAGCACCGUCUACACUAAGGCAAUAGAGUUCACUGGAGUACUAGCUGCACUUGAUAAUCAUGUUACAUUCGACGAUGGACCUAAAAAUCCUCCAACAACCUUCAGUUAUGGUCCCAAGUAUCUGGCAACUAAUAUUUAUCAGCUGAGCUCAGAUCAUUGUUUUCUUCUUCUUGGUGUUAGGAUUUCCACUAAACUAGUAAGGCCGGUAUUUAUAUUCAGAGCGGAAGAUGUUUCGAAGGAGAUAGUUGUUUCAAGCAAAAGGUUUGGAUCAGUUAAACGAGCAUUCAUUGUUGCUGCUGAAGAUAAGCUUAUAAAAAAGGAAUUUCAAAAGUGGAUGAUUGAAAAGAAUCGACCAGAUGAAGUGGAAGUGAUCCAAGGCUCCGAUCACAUGACCAUGAUGUCUAAGCCCCUUCAACUUUUUCCUAAUCUUCUGAGCAUUGCCAACAAGUAUAGCUAACACCUACUAAUUAAGAAGAAUGAGGGGGACAGGUGUAACGCUUGAGAAUAAAACUUCAAAGCUGAUGCAUUGAUACGGCGAUCUUAGUUCUUUCAUGGAAAUUCUACCAUCAUUACUAGUUAAUUUGAUAUUUUAAUCAUUUUUAUUUCAGUUGUAACUUCCUUUCAAUGUAGUUUCAGUGUUUGGAAUUGACAUCAAUAACCGACCUCUAUUUCCUGUAAUUACUGUAGUUUGGUUCAGUUAGUACCCUCUGGAGAUCCACGUUGUGUGUGUAUGUUAUGAAUUUAACCAAGAUGGAGGUCCUAUUUGUGAAGAUGUCAAAUUACAUUUGGGACCCCGGAAAGAUGUCUAUAUAUAGUAGAGGAAUAUAAUCUAUUAGGGCAGAUGUUAUGAAAUUGUCUUUUAUUUUCUUAGCUAAAGUUUUAGCAUUCUGGAACCUCUCUUUUCUAUGAAGAAUUCUUAUUUCAAUAUAUGUGACUAUGGUUCUCCUUAUCAGUAUGAUUCCCCCUCGUUACAAUGGUGCUUUCGUUGUCCCUCCUCUACCAAAUGGGUAUCAUCUUCCUGUCAAACUCCUCCAGCCUCAUACAACCAACAUUAUCUUACUGCACCUUCAUCAUCGAGCCCCACCUAUCCACCUGCAAUUUUGGAGAAGAUCUACACCUCCCUCAAAAUCGUGCAGGAUUUAGUGAUAGAGUCGCAAGAAUGUAGCAAAUGUAUGCUCUCUUCUAUUUGCCAUGUGCGUUCGGUGUUGCAGGAGAAGAUGCAAUUGGACUCCACUUCCAUUGAUACUCUAGAGAUUUCAGAUGCUAUAACUAUCACCUCUGUGCUAGAGUCAACUUAUAAUGAUAGUGACACCGAGGUGGCUGAUAUGGUGAAAUCCCAUCUGGAUUCACAGCUUUUUGUUCUUGGUGUUGAAGAUAAAAUACCGCAAUGUGCUUCUAUUGACGCUACCGAGCUCAAAUUCUCACAUGUCUCUUUCUCAGUUAAGGGACCACUAGAGUUUGACUGCAAGGUGUUCGAUAGAGUGCCGCAGAGGGACAUUUCUGCAGAAUUUCAUUGCCCUAGUGCACAUAUUGGCUCGCUUUCACUUGUUUUGCGCAUUAACGAUUGCAAGUGGGUAGAUACUGGGCAGUUAAGUGAUUCAUUUGACAGGCGCCAAUACAACCAAAUCAAGCUCUUAGGUUAUGCUCCUCUAAGUUCCUCAUUAGAUGCGCCUAAAUUGUUUGAUAAAAUGGCUGAAAGAAGGAGAUGGCUUUCCAUGUUGAAUGAAUCUGAGUAUAUAGGUGAGGCCGAAGUGCUAAUUGAAUGCAGUGAUAAUCUUA